UCUUGUUUCUUACAGUUGUUGCAUCAGUGUUAUUAACGGUGAUCACAUAGGGGGCAGCAGGUAGCACAGUGGUUCGCUCCACCACCCUUGGACUUGGUCAUAGUAAUUAAAGGCUCAAAUCCCACCUUCUGCGGUAACAUACAUGAUGAAGGUGCUUAGCCUAAAUUGUUCCAGUAAAAAUUGCCCAGUUGUGUAAAGGGGUAACACUGUAAGGCACUUUGGAAAUCAAAUGUAAAUCACCAUGUUAUUACAGCCUCUGUCAGACCUGGUGGGGAAAGGAGUGGUGCCUCUCUUUCUGUUGACAGGCAGUUUGUGAUGUUUUUUCCUCUUCUGGUUGUUUCUUUUAUGGAGGGAAGUUUGCUGCCGACAGCCUGCUCGUGGCUUAUUUACACUGGUGUGUUUUUUUUUUUGCUUUUCCUUUCCACCAGUGAGGGUGUUUAGAGAGCUGGCAGGAAGCUGACGUUGAACCAGACUAGCUGGAACGGAGCAGCGACCCAAUUCACAAUAGGCAAAGCACCGGCACUGAACGGGCUCAUGGCUCACGGCUCCCAGCACACGUCUCCAAAAACCAGUUGCACUGGAGCAAUGCUCAAAACACACACACACACGCUCGUUCAUUUGCUGUUGUGACAGAUUUUUCAUGAACGCUCAACUUCAGCAAUGUGAACGAAGAAAACAGGAGACAUAUCUUUGGCGAAAUACACACCUCUAUUGACACCUUGGCAUUUACAUUUGGCAAUGUAGUGUCUGACUUCCUUAUGGGAGAUGUAGACAGUGGCUCAGUGUUGGGGUCCCCCCAUUCCAGGAGAAGCCAGUCUUUUGAAAAUGUGUCUGUGGACUUCAGAGGGUCGGUCCUAGAGAAGGAUGACCCGCCAGGGCCCCUGUGUACUGAGGAGCUGGACCUCGCCCUGCUAAACCAGCACAGCGGUGUGGAGUCGGCCCUGCUCUACGCCAAGGCCUGGUCCAAGUAUGCCAAAGACCUGCUGGCCUGGGUGGACAAGCGCCUCGGUCAGGAUAUCGAAUGUGCGAAAAGUUUAGCAAAAAUGGCAGAAUCUGCAAGGAGCCUCGCAAAUCAACAGGAGUUCAUGCCCUUCAGGGAUAUUUAUGUGUCGGCAUUUAAGAACGAUAUGGAGUAUAGCCAGCUUCUGCUUCAGACUGCUUCCGCCCUUCAGACCAACAAAUUUGUCCAGCCGCUGCUGGCCCGCAAGAAUGAACUGGACAGGCUGAGGAAGGACAUCAAGGAGCAGUGGCAGAAGGAGCAGAAGAAAAUGCAGGAGGCAGACAUUGCGCUGCGCAAGGCCAAGGCUGUGCAAGCACAGCGGAAGGAGGAGUACGAGAAAGCGCGCUGCUCCGCCAGCCGCAUGGAGGAGGAGGCCCCUCCCCCUGGAGCCAAGCAGUUGGAGAAGAGGAGGAGGCUGGAAGAGGAGGCCCUACAGAGGGCAGAGGAAGCCAAUGACCAAUAUAAGGCCUGCGUUGCGGACAUCGGCCUGAAGAAAGUCGACAUGGCCACUGCUAAGAGCCACAUUUUGACCCGGGUUCGAGAACUGGUGUUUCAGUGUGACCUGACCCUGAAGGCAGUAACAGUGAACUGGUUCCAGAUGCAGCAGGUACAGGCUUCGUCAGUGCCACUCAACCUACAGACAUUGUGUGAGAGCGCCAAGCUGUAUGAACCAGGACGCUGCUACUCCGAGUUUGUCAGGAGCCUGCCCAAGGACCGGAUCCCCCUGGAGUCUUUCUCUUUGGGUGCUCAAGGCCCGCAGAACACAGGGGGACCCUUGACGAAGCAGUCUACCAGCAGCACCCACUCAUCACACGGAAACCUGUCGCAGAUGUCCGUCACCUCCAGCGACCUCCACAGCACAGAGGAGGUGGAGAGCCCCGCCCCCACUCGCACUGGGCAGGUGCAAGAAUUCCCGUCAGACAGCAGCACCGAUGUGCGAGCUGUGAAGCCCGAAAGGGCACGGAGGGUCUGGAGCUCAGGCAGCCAGGGAGGCGGCAUGUGCAGUGAUUCGGAGAGCGUCGGCGGCAGCAGCGAAUCGCGUUCCAUGGACUCACCAACAGCCAGUCCAGGUGACUUUAAGAGAAGACUUCCCAGAACGCCGUCCACGGGUACCAUGUCCUCUGCAGAUGACCUGGAUGAGAGGGAGCCACCUUCCCCUUCCGAUAACGGCCUUGGUGUGAUGGUGACUGAGACAGCCAGCUCUCCAGGCCCCUUCCGGAACACACAGAUGUCAAAAGCGGCACAGACACACAAACUGCGCAAGCUGCGUGCCCCUUCUAAGUGCCGGGAGUGCGACAGCCUGGUGAUGUUCCAUGGGGCUGAAUGUGAAGAGUGCUCCCUGGCCUGCCAUAAGAAGUGUCUGGAGACCCUGGCCAUUCAGUGUGGUCAUAAGAAGUUGCUUGGUCGGCUGCAUCUCUUCGGGGUGGACUUCUCCCAGGCAGCCAAGAGCAACCCCGAUGGCAUCCCAUUUAUCAUUAAGAAGUGCACUUCAGAGAUUGAAAGCCGUGCACUCAACCUCAAGGGUAUUUACCGUGUGAAUGGGGCAAAGUCUCGAGUGGAGAAGCUCUGUCAGGCUUUUGAGAAUGGCAAGGAUUUGGUGGAACUGUCUGAUUUCUACCCCCAUGACAUCAGCAACGUGCUUAAACUUUACCUUCGACAGCUUCCGGAGCCAUUGAUCCUUUUCCGCUAUUACAAUGACUUCAUUGGCCUGGCAAAGGAGAGCCAGAGCAUCAUUAUGGAUGAGGUGGACGCAGCUCGUGCUCGAUCCACGACCAAUCCAGCCCAGCCAAGUGUAGAGCUCAACAGAGUGCUCUUCAAGAUCCGAGAUCUUCUCCGGCAGCUUCCUCCCGCGCACUACAGGACGCUGCAGUUCCUCAUAGGACACCUGCACCGGGUCACAGAAAAGGCUGACGAGAACAAAAUGACAGCCAGCAAUCUGGGGAUCAUAUUUGGUCCCACCCUGAUCAAGCCACGGCAGAUAGAUGCAGAGGUGUCUCUGUCCUCUCUGGUGGACUACCCCUAUCAGGCACUGAUCGUGGAGCUGCUCAUUCGCCACUACAACAAGGUGUUUGACAUGCCGCCAAAUCCAGUUACUGCAGGUGGCUCUCUGCUGCCCCCUAAGGGUGUGGAGGCCCGACUGAGUGCUGAGGAGAAGGAAGCACGCCUGAGCCGCAACUGCAAGUCUCUUGUGGACGUGAAGGAGCAGAACAGCAAAGUGUACAAAAGGCACUCUUCUAUAAUCCCUACCUCCCAUUUGGUGGAUGAUGUAAAGGAAACCAAAUCCAGACCUGGAGGCAGUGAACUUGCACCUGCUGUGGUUUCGUCUGCAGAGAAGCUCAAUGGCGAAGUUGCAUCCUCUGGUGUACCAGAGGUUCACAGGUCCACACUGGUGCUUGAGAGACCCAACGUGAGCACAGCCAGGGUGCUGCUUAGGCCAGCCCGGGCUAGGCUUGUCUCCCGGCCAGUCAGCAUGCCAGUAGAGCGGCUUCUGGGCCCUGCUCAGGUCCUUGAGAAGAACACUCGCAACAGCUCGACUCAUGAGCGCAACCAUGCCAUCCAGGAAGGAGUGGAACCGGAAACGUCGGGACUCCGUGUGAGCACCUACUACCGGAGCCCAUACAUCGAUACGCAGACAUUGCGCAGGACCUGGGACAAACAGUACAAGCAUUAUGAUAUCACCCCCCGGACUGCCAUGAUCAUGGCCAAUAUCCCUUCUGACAGCAGUGGCUCUGUGGGGACAACGGUCUCCAGCAGCAGUGAUCCCCCUGCCAUCCCCUAUAUCCCUGCAAGGACUUUACGGAGGGAAAACAAUAUAGGUGAGACAACCCUGGUGGCUGGUGCAUUAAAGCCUGCUCGAACUCUAAGGCCCCCACCUGGAACUUUCUACAAACCUCCAUCAAGUCACAAAGCCAAACCACAGAAGGAGUCAGAGGUACAGCUGAGUGCGACACCCAUCAGCAGCGCAAGUGCAGAGGCUCUGCCAGGCCCUAGGAACCUUGUGGAUGAACCCAUGGAGGCCGAGGCCACCGUCUCCCCGUCCCGUUCUCAGCCCCAGUCUCCCAGUUCAGGUCCCGAGGACUUUGGGCCAAGCGAGGCUCGACCUGUUUACCAGAGAUUGAGGACCCGAAAGAUGCAGGAGUUUGAACACAGAGAAGCGCACUUUGUGUGAUCGUCCACAUAUGUGGAUCAGCCAUAUGUUCAGCAAUAACUGUAUAUAGUAUGUAUAUUUUAUAUAUAUAUAUAUAAAACUAUACACAACUUGUGCCAUAUUGUGUAUUCAGAAAGAAUUGUCUUUGAGUGGAAAAAAUUCAAGAACUGUGAAAAAUCACCUUGGAAGUGUUACUAUUAUGAGCUCUACUUUGACCUAGACAUUGCUGCUGCUGGUCUCACAUUAAGGACAUGCACUUAAUGUGUAUUAAAUUUUCACACUCGCUUUACUUAUCUUGCAAUUUCAAUACACAUUUUAGAAAGUAGAUCCCACAGCUACUGCAUUUUCUUCAGGAAGUAUGGAAUAGAAAUUAAAUUUAUCAAUCUGUAAAAUUGAACAUCCUAUUCAAAAACAUGUUUGAUUGUUGGUAAAACUUCUCUAUCAAGCCUUGUGUAACCAGAGAAUUAGAUGACAUAAUCCAUCACUUCUUAUACUCCAAAACCAGACUUAGUUGCACUUGUGGUAUGUUUGCCAAAAAGAACUGAUUUGUUACAGCUGUCUAAUAUCUUGUUACCAUAGUAAGAAUGGACUUGUUAGACCUUCAUGACACAAACUGACUAAGAGCAGUGAUGCUUACCAGCAAUGUUGCAGAGCAGAUACAACAACUUACUAGAGUGUUUGCUUGAGGCUGCACAGCGAACACUGUCCCCUUAAGAUCUAGCAAAUUUAUUUUUGUCGAUACAUAUCCCGUUGGUUGUUAAACUGCAGGAAGUGCAUUGUGCACUUGUUCCUUGUAAACUUUGUAUAAACUGCAGAUAGAAAGUUGAACAGUUUUAAGUAUUAACUUUCUUAUUUACAAGUAAUACCUAAGAAUAUACCCUUAUUGUAAGUUAUUAAAAUUGUACUGCACAAAAAGAAGGUGCAAAAGUAUUAUUGUCGAUACAUGUUGUUUGGCAUUGAUCAUAUAUAUGUAUGUGUGCAAGUUAUUUUAAGAUGAAGUUUACCAUGGCUGUUUUAUGGAGGACAUCUAUGCAGGUGUGGAACCCAAGAGAAGGCUUGUUAUCGAUGCAUGUGUUGUGGUCGAACAUGGCCACGGUUCCUCAGUGGUGACCAUGUAUGAGAGGUUUCCUGCUGGGAGGUUUUCUUCCACACACACACUCAGUCUGAGCCAGCGGUGCUGUGCUUAUCCAGGGACUCAAUAGAAAGAAACAUCCAGUUGACAGUGUUUCCAGGUCUCUGUGAACUGAGAAGAGGAUUCAAAUUCAGCCUGAACUGAGCAGUUUAGUGCCUUGUUUGAUCAAAACCGUUUGAAUUCUCCUGUCCUCAAGGACAGUUUAAACCUCAUUCAAAUUUCAGUCACACCAUGCUUUAAAGAAUUAUAUAAUAUGACGCAUAGUGUAUGCAGUGACUGUAUGGUUCUUUCGUGGAAAGCAAGUUAGUAUCUUUAUUUUGCCUUGAGCACGCAAUGGAAACCACUGGCUGCUGUAUCCCUUGAUAGAUCCAUGGCCAGCUGGCUUGGCCUCUGCCUCCUUAUCCACUUGUACAUUGAGUGCGAUUCUAUGCUGUUUGUACAGGAAAUGCAUAUUUUUACUUUUUAAAUAUCGAUGAUACUAGUGUUGGAACAUCCAGAGACAUGGACUCCAAGAUGAUGGUUUUUUUUCAUUUUCCUGUUGAAAAAACAAUGAUUUCUGCCUCAGUGAUGGUAACUGGAUGCUAUGUUCCUGGUUAAACUGGUAUAUGAAUAUUUUAGUAUUGUAUACUGUGUAUAAUAUAUACAUACAUGCCAUUGUCUACAGAAUGA